AUGUCCUCCCUCUCCUCCACCAAUACCACCGAAUCCACGGCGGAGCUAAUCCCCUCCCUCCCAUACGACGUCGCUUCCAACUGCCUAGCUCGAGUCCCACGUCACUACCACCCCACUCUCUCAGUCCUCUCCAAACCCAUCCGCUCCCUCCUCUCUUCCCCUUUCUUCUUCACCACCCGCUCCCUCCUCUCCUCCGCCCAGCCCCUCCUCUACCUCUCCCUCCGCUCCCCCGACCACCGCUCCACCUGGUACACCCUCAACCAGAACCCCAACCCCAAAACCAACCCCCUCCACCUCCUCGUCCCCAUCCCUCCCGUCCCCUCCCCCGCCAUCGGCGCCGCCUACGCCGCCUUCGGCUUCUCCAUCUACGUCCUCGGAGGCUCCAUCCACGACGCGCCGACUAACCACGUCUGGAUCCUCGACUGCCGCUUCCACACUUGGCGUGCCGGGCCGCCGAUGCGGGUGGCGCGUGAAUUCGCCGCCGCCGGAGUCGUCGACGGGAUAAUCUACGUCAUCGGGGGAUGCGUCACGGACUCGUGGACAAGGUCGGAGUAUUGGGCCGAGGCGCUGGACCCGGGUACGGGUCGGUGGGAGGCGGUGGCGAGUCCGGUAGAGGUGAGGGGGAAGUGGAUGCAUGCGAGUGCGGUGAUCGGCGGCCGGGUCUAUGCGCUGGCGGACCGGGGCGGGGUGGUUUACGACCCGAAAACCCGGGUUUGGGAGGGAGUGGAGAAGAGGAUGGACAUGGGGUGGAGAGGGAGGGCGUGUGUGGUGCAUGGGAUGUUGUAUUGCUAUGAUUAUUUGGGGAAGAUUAGAGGUUUCGACUCGAAAAAUCGAGUGUGGAAGGAGCUCAAGGGAGUGGAGAAGAGGCUGCCCAAGUUCCUGUGCGGGGCGACAAUGGCCAAUGUGGGGGAGAAUUUGGUGGUGCUGUGGGAGACGAAGGCGAAUGGGAAGGAAAUGGAGAUUUGGUGUGCUGAGAUUGAGGUGGAGGAGAAUGGGGAUGGGGAGUUGUGGGGGAGAAUCGAGUGGUCGCAGAAGCUACUUUCGGUCCCUAAGCACUCCAACAUUGUGCAAUGCUCGGCGGUUUAUGUUUGAUUUGCAAUGUGAGGUGUGCGUGUAGUUUGUUUAAGCUUUUGGUAUUGAAUUGUUGCUUGAUAAGUAGUGUGGUGAAUAAUGCUAUGUUGUUGAAGAAUGGAGAUAGUUUGUAACUGAAAAUGUGCAUAUGAAUUCUACAUUACCAAAGUUCAAUUGAAGUCAUGAUUUUUCGCA